GCUGAUUUUUGGGAAGUUGUACCUUUUCCCUAUUUUCAUAAAUUAAAACUUCGACCCUUUGUACGUACCCAGUACCCUUUAACACGUAUCUCCCACAUUCUUCUUCCCUACAGAAAAACAAUAAAAUGUAGAGACAUUGCUUUUUUCCUUUUUAAAUUCAGUUCUCUUUAUUUUUUUUUUCCCUUCACAUGAUGUUUCGUUUCCUCAUUCAAGACAUCCCGUUUUUCCACAUUCCUGCUUGCUAUCACAGGGAUACUUUAUUAUCAUCAUUAUAAUCAUCAUCAUAUUUCAUCAAUUUCGGGGUCAAGGGGGUUUCUAGAAUCUGAGGGCGCACGCCAAUGAGGGCAGCAUCGGAAAUGUUGAAAAAUCGGUUAUGAAAAUUUGGCUUCAGUUCCCCAUUAACAUUAACCAAGCAAGGUGUUGGAAAUCGUAGAACGGUCAGCUGUCAAAGUGACACUUGUUCGUUUUUCGUCAACACGGAGUGAAAUCAGAUUUGGCGAGUUUAUUAUAUUUAGCAACUCGAGAGUAAACAAAUCAAACAUUUUUUUUUAUAUGUUUUAAAGAAUGGGGCAUCCUGCUGCUGUUUGGGACCAUAAGGCUUCACUUGAGUUGACUAAAGAUUGGAAUGGGAUUGAGCAAGUUGUGCUUAGGAAUCCACGUGGGGCAUCGGCAAGAGUAAGUCUGCAUGGAGGGCAAGUUAUCUCAUGGAGGAAUGAUAGAGGGGAAGAACUUCUUUUCACUAGUACUAAGGCUAUAUUCAAGUCUCCAAAAGCAAUGCGGGGAGGAAUUUCAGUUUGCUUUCCACAGCCUAAAAGAGUAUGUGAAUUGCAAUUGAUGCGCAUUUUGGCUAUGUUCCAGUUCGGAAACUGUGGUUCGGUUGAUCAGAAUGGAUUUGCAAGGAACAAAAUUUGGACAAUCGAGGAUGAUCCUCCUCCAUUACAUGCAAGUGAUUCUCUUGGAAAAUUCUUUGUUGACUUAUUACUCAAACCAGCUGAAGAAGAUCUCAAGUGCUGGCCUCAUGGCUUUGAAUUUCGCCUUCGAGUCUCUCUGACAUCAGAUGGGAACUUGAUAUUAAUAUCUCGCAUCAGGAACAUAAAUGGGAAACCUUUCAGUUUCUCGUUUGGUUAUCACACUCAUUUUUCUGUUUCUGACAUAAGUGAAGUGAGGAUAGAAGGUUUAGAAACUCUUGAUUACCUUGACAAUCUCUGCCAGAAGGAACGUUUUACAGAGCAAGGUGAUGCCAUUACAUUUGAAACCGAGGUAGAUCGUGUUUAUCUAAGCUCGCCACAUUGUGUUGCUGUUCUGGAUCACGAGAGGAAGCGAACAUAUGUAAUGAGAAAGGAAGGGCUACCAGAUAUUGUUGUUUGGAACCCAUGGGAGAAAAAAUCGAAAGCAAUGGCAGAUUUUGGCGAUGAAGAAUACAAACAGAUGCUUUGUGUAAAUGCAGCAGCAUUAGAAAAGAACAUAACUUUGAAGCCUGGAGAGGAAUGGACGGGCAAAGUCGAGCUUGCAGCUGUGCCCUCGAGCUUUUGCUGUGAUAAUCUCGAUCCACAUUUGAAGUUCUUCUAAAUGCCUAUAUAUAUUACAUUUAAAUCAUCUGAUUAUUUUAAAGCCUGUGGUUUUUGGAGAUGGCUGCUGCUGAUUUUUAGAUUCUUACUUUGUUUUUUCUCUCUUUCUUUUGGAGAUGGCUGUUAUCUUUACUAUAUUUUGCCUGUGAUGAUUUUGCGGAGGCUUGAUAAGGGGUAUGUAUGAAAUAGCAAAUCUUUGAAGGCAGUGCACUUUGUUUUUAUGUGAAAAUAAUAUUUAUGUUUAAUUGCGGAGGAACCACAUUGGUC